GGUGAGAGAAAACACGUUUGUGUGAUUUGGAAUAUAUUUUAGGCAGUACACGUAUGAUGCAGUGGUCAGAGUUCAGUACAGGAGCACGUUUGCGAGCUUCAUAUAUACCAACAUCAUUGAUGAAUACUAGAUCUAGUGUUUUUUCGAGACGGGUAGCAAAGUUAACAAUAUUGUCAAGGCAUACAAACAAAUCGAUGGUGUUGCGAUGGGUAGCCCUCUUCGGCCCCUGUUAGCAGAUAUUUUUAUGUCGAAUUUGGAGAGACAAAUGCAAGGUAUGCUUGGAAAAUUUAUGCUAUAUAAACGUUAUGUAGAUGAUACUCUUAUUAUUGGUAAUAAUAGUAAAUCUAUUGAAAACUUUAUUACCCUAUUUAAUCAUAUUCAUCCAAAUAUCCGAGUGACUUCCGAACUAGAAUCGAAUAACAAACUCGGUUUCCUGGAUAUUACUAUGACUAAGAGAGAUGAUGGAACUAUUCAACGAUCUAUUUUUCGUAAACAGACAUGGAGUGGACAAUAUCUUCAUUUUACCAGUUUUGUUCCUAUCCAGUAUAAACGUUCCCAAGUGAAAUGUUUGUUCUCAAGGGCCCGAAAAAUAUGCACGAGUGACACAUUGAUGGAUGAGUUUCGAAAUAUACAUUCAGUUUUAUUAGCUAAUGGUUAUCCAGAAAAGUUUAUCAUUUGUCACAGUAAAGAAAAACCACAUCUCGAAAAGACAGCUUCUGUACCAAAGAAAGCUAUCUUUAUUAACCUACCAUUCAAGGGCGACCAGAUUAUGCAGUUGACAGCUCAAAGACUUCGGUCAGCCAUCAAACGCACAUUCUACGCCGCAUCUCUUUUUCUCACUUGCCGAACACUUUCGAUCCCUGUACCUACGAUUAAAGGAAGAAAUUCUGUGGACUCUACUUCAAACUGUAUCUACAAGUUCACCUGCAGCUGCGGUGACACCUAUAUAGGCAGAACCAACAGAAUGUUCCAAUGUCGUCGAAAAGAACAUAUUCGAAAAUGGCUACUAAAUCAUAUAGAUAAUCCAAACGCGAUUAAUCUGAAUAGAAAUCCAGCAUCAUCCAUUGCAAAACACUUAUUAAUGUCAGGUCACAAAAUCAAUCAACAUUAAUGACUGUUUCACAAUUAUUUCAUCACAUAACUCUAAUUCAAGGUUGGUUAUUGAAGGUGACGGAAGCACUUUGGAUUAAUCACAUACAGCCUAAACUGUGUGUACAAAAAACAAUAGACUUCAAUCUUCGCCUACCAUGGACUACAUGACCUAUCUAAAUAUAAUUGGUCAUUAGAAUGUACUUUUGUUUUUUUUAUUUAACUGAGUAAUUGUCAUGAACUUUAUUUUAUUAUUGUUAACCAUGUUAGUUGUAAAGCGGUUGUAAAGAAACUACGGAAUGAAGAUAUCAUCUCGCGAAAUUUGUCUUCUUAAUGC